CAGCAUUUAAAAACUUUAUUGAAUACAUUAUUGAGCCGUACUAUUUCAAGAUGACAAAAGAGAAAAUAAAACGCUGUAAUUGUUCGUCAUUGUUGAGUCAUGUUACUUAAAGGAUGCGCAUUGUGAUGCGGGGGCAGCAUGUAUUAAUUUUAAUUCAACAUUAUAUCAAAAUUUUUUAAUUUACAAUUAUUAUAGCGAAUCAAUCUUACGACAUUCUGAAAAAUCUGACGACUUCCUUAAAACCUAAUGGUUUCAUCAUUCUGGAAGAAUAUGUUGCCUACACACACGUGUACCUUUAUAAUUAUGAAUUAAUUUGAAUUAAUUUGAAUCAAGAAAAGUAGUAAUGGAAUUUCCUGUAUUGUUCACUUUUUUGGGAGAUACAUGAAUCAUAGUCAUGUGAUGAGUAUCGUGAAGGCCAAUGGAUUGAGAAUUACCUAUUGGCCUAUUAUUAGCUUUUUCUGAGAAGUACAACAAUAGACAUAUUAUAUGGGGGCAGCAAUACUACUAGUUGUCCAUGCAAUCAGCUAUUAUGUUCUUUUUUUUAUACAAUUACAUUUACAAUUAAAAACUGAUAAAAAAAAGUACUGAUUACAUAUAACUUAAUUUUAUACAGGGUGACAAAUUUCAAGCGUAACAGGCUAAAUAUUUCGAAAUGUCAACCAAGAUUUUACCUGCCUAUAUUUAGUUUGAAAAGCAAUUAAAUGAUAUAUUAAUGGGUGACUACAAUUUUAGAAUGUUUCACUACAAUGAUUAUCACAUCAAUAAAGUUGAUGUAUAUGAUAUCAUCAACUGUAUUACAUAUUAAUAAAUGUAUAUUAAUAAAUACAUAAACAUGUUUUGUUUCGCACAAAAUGUUUAUGUAUUGAGGAAGAAGAUAUCUCGAGCAAAACUGCAACCAUAAAUAUAUAAAUGUAACUAUUAAUGUACUAAAAAUAGAUUUUUGAAAUACUAUCUUUUAAAAACAAGGUAAAAGAAGACGCCAAAUUAUGUGUCGCAGAUUAUUUGAAUCUAUUUUAAUAGAGGAGAAAGAAGAAAGAGAAAGAAAAAAGAAAGGGAGAGAGAGAGAGAGAGUGCAAUAAGAAAAUAUUAGGUUGUUGAAUAAUUUCUGUCACAUUUUGUACGCUUAUCUUCAACACGCAAAAAAUUAUUAGAUUUGAUUUUAACUGCGCUGCUAGAUUGGUUGCAUACUACCUAUGCACACUAUUUAGUAGUGCAGUUCGAAUAUCAUUGCGCAUUGACGAUAAGCGCUUAAAAUACGACAGAAAGUAUGCAACAACCUAAUAGUUAAAUAAGUAAAAAGAAAGUAAGAAUGCUUACUAUUGUGGUACUUUAUUUACAUGUUACUCGAUCUAAUGGCAUCGCCUUUUGUAUUUAAUAUCUUUUUAAUUUUGCAAAAUUCCAAAUUUUGGUAUCAUUUUUUUCUAGAAAAAUAUAGCAAGUCAAGUAAUCUGCAGCGCAUGUACUUGGCAUCUUUUAUCUUGUAUUUUGAAAGCAGUUUUUAGAUAGAACUUAUUAAAACAUCAGUAUCUGCUAAUGGGUAUUUAAUGAAUAUAAAUGUAAUUCCAAGAAUUUUGUAAUUUUUUCUUAGAAAUAUAAAUAAUUCUUAGAAAUUUGAAAAUAUUACCGUUUUCUUUGUAAAGUUUUUAGAUAUAUCUUAUCAAAAUAUCAGUAUUAUCUGCUCUAAUGCGCGUCAUAUAAAUAUAAAUAAUUUCAAGAAUUUUUUUAUUUUCGAAAUCCAAUAAAAAUCAUCUUUAUACAGCUGCUUAAUAUAAUGUACCAAUUAUGCGUUAAAUGAAAUGUGUGAAUGUUCCUUCGGAGUCAUUUAACCUUGGUUUGUGUCUUAAUUAUUUCAAAACAUGAGAUGUUAAUGAACAGUCUUCCUCUUUGUGAUGUAGUAGGGUAACAUGACUAUAUAUAAUAGAAGUCUCUGAAAUGGAAUUCAGUUUACCGCGUGUUCGUGAGUUGUCAGGCUAUCGUCAUCGAUCAAUAAUGUUGAUAUACAUGCUUUCUUACGUUAGCAUAGUAGUAUUGUUAGGAAUAUCAAGUUCGCACAGCUUUGAACAGUUUGAACAGAGCUGUUCCGCGCUGAAACAAUGUAAAACGAAAAAUUAUUCUAACAAGUGGGCAGAUCCAAAAGAUAUUUCAGAAAUUAAUUAUCAUAACGAACAAUAUUUUAUACAUAAGAAAGUAUUUUAUCCCAUGAAUUUACCAUUAUUACCUAUAACUUUUGCUCAGUCAGAAUACUUGCCAAAUGGACAGUGCAAAAAAGAUGUUCGACUGUUCUUAAAGGAGUUACGAAAUGAAACUUUAUGGGCUAUGCAAAGUAAGUUACAAAUAAUAUUAAAGUUUGCAUCAAUAAAUCAUAUUAUCAAAACGAAAGUUUUCAUUUCAAAAACUUUUGGAACAAGAUCUUUAUCAGGGAAAACUAUUCAAAUAUUUCUGUAAUAUAAAUUCUAUUCUAAAAAUAUUUAAGAUAUUUAAAUAUUUUCUAAAUUCUAUUGGCCUUCAUUCUCUUUAUAACGCGCUUCGUAAUAUAUUCACAACAUAAAGCUAUAAAAUUAAUCUUUAGUGUUCGAUGCUUCAUCAAAAUAUCCGGAUGGGAUAUUGUACGGUAAUACGAAACAUUUGGGUAAUUUUGAUGAAUGUUACAAUUUGCAAGUUGAUGUUAGAGAAAAUAGUGGCAAUGAUAAAAUUACUGGUAGAUAUUGUUUAGUCGAUCUUCAGCAUCAAAGGAAAAAGAUAUCAGUGUCUCGUAACAUUGUUCAUAAGCCAUUUACAUCAGAUUUCGAUCCAAAAGGAUCUUUCUGGGACGCAAUAGAGGUAUAUGUUAUCAUGUGUGUGUGAACUAUCUACCUAAUAUAAUUUUGAUAUGUAUCGCAAUUAUAUAGGCAAAUGAAACAAUUUUUUAUUUUAUUUGAUUCAAUUGUGUAAUGGUAUAUAUAGGAACGAGGAAAUCCUCAUCGUAUUCGUCGAGAUUUCCUGCAAUUAGCUCUCUGCGUACCAUCAGCUUGUAGUGCAGAAGACGUGGAAACAGUGCUAAAGAGCUCUAUAGAAAAGAUCAAUAAGAAAAAUAAUAUCGAGAUACAGAUAACUGUUGACAAAAAUUUUUGCCAAGCGGCUGUAGAAGCAUCUAAUUCUGUUGCUGGCGCAAGGAUUUAUUGCAUUUUAAUGUUGAGCUUGCUGAUUUUAAUAAUCGUUGCAACUUGGUUGGACAAUGAAGUGAACAAUAAUGAAUCAAGUAUAUCAUGGUUUCGAAAGACUAUACUUUGCUUCUCAGCUCGGAGAAAUUGGAAAACUAUUUCCCAAAAGAAUUACUUUCAUCCAGGGAUGGAUAGCAUACAUCUAUUGCGAUUUAUUUUGACCGUGUCUAUAAUGACUGGACAUUUUACGCUACAAUAUUAUGCUAAUCCGACGAACAAUUUCUUUGACAUUGAAAGAUGUUCCGUUAUGCUAAUAUAUAUUUUCUAUGCAAAUGGCGCUGUGAUAAUAGAUAUAUUCUUUACCGCAUCUGCUAUUUUAGUCACAUAUCAAUUAUUAAAGAACCUAGAUCGAAAGAAACAACUCAAUUUUUUCAACAACGUCCUAUCCAGAUAUUUCAGAUUAACGCCAUCUUACAUGACAGUAAUCUUUUUUCACGCUUGGAUCUUGCCAUUUCUCGGUUCGGGACCUUUUUGGAAGCAUGAAAUCGAAAAAGAAAGCAUACGAUGUGCUACUAAUUGGUGGACGAAUCUGUUAUACAUUAACAAUUAUGUAAAAUCGACAGAAAUGUGUAUGUUUCAGUCAUGGUAUUUAUCCGCGAAUUUUCAAUUUUUCAUUCUUAACCAAUUUAUAAUUUACGCAUUCUGGCGCAUGUCGCGUAAAAUUGGAUAUUUUUUUCUCGGGACGCUAACGAUUGCUAGCUGUUUGAUACCAUUUGUUGCAGCAUAUUCUUAUAAUAUAAUGCCUGUUUUGUUGAUAUUACCACGCAUGCAUAAACUAGAAGAUAUACCUUAUUAUUUACAAUAUUACAUAAAACCACAUAUGCGCGCAUCUGCAUAUCUCAUUGGUAUAAUUGCUGGUGCAAUAAUCCAUGAUCAUCAACAAAUAAAGUGGCGAAUGUCGAAAUUCUGGUCACACAUGCUAGUCAUACCGUUGCCGCUAACUGUAAUCAUUGCUUUUCAAUUAUGGUCAUAUAGAAUUCUUGUACCAUAUGCUGAGUGCUCACUUUUCGAAAAUGCAUCUUACGCAUUUUGCUUUAGAUUAAUACCUGCGUUGUCUAUCUGCACAAUAAUAGUUGUACUAUCUACUGGCAGCCAAUUAGAAUUUUAUCAUAAUAUUUUUACACCUCGUUGGGUUCAACCAUUGGCAGUAUUAACUUAUGGAGUCUUCCUCAUAGCUGAUACAUUCAACGCUUAUCACACUGGACAAGCCAGAAGCGCCAAAAUGUAUUCCUGUUUUAAUAUAGUAUGGGAAACUAUCUCAAACGUAGUUAUAUCCUUUACGGUCUCUUUGUUUAUGGUGAUAUGCGUUGAGUUACCAUUUAGACAAUUGGCAAAACAAUACUCUCUUCGAAAAAAUAAUGAGGCUAAUACAAAAUAUUAAUUUAUUGUUAAAAAUCGUACUUGUUAUUUUUAUAAUUGACUGUAAUGACCCACCUAAAUUGUUAUAAUGGAUUAGUGUAAGAGAAAAAAAGAAACAGAUAUGUUUACAGGAUUGCAUAAAUAAAUAAUGUAUUUUAAUUUAAUAAA